AUGCGAAAAUCAGAAUUCAAGAAACGUUAUGAUGUUAAAAUGGGGAGAUAUGUUAAGAAGCAUAUUUAUGGAGAAGGUGUUACCGAUGUUUUCAAAAGAAUUGGUAGAAAGCUAUUUGGAAAGACGAUGAAAGAGGCUGCUAAAACGGCAACAAAAAAGGCCGUUCAGAAAGCUGCUACCAAAACUGGUGAAUAUGCUCGUGAAAAAGCAGGCAAUAAAAUUGUUCAAUUAUUAAGCAAAAAGAAUAAAAAGACACCGGUAGCAGCAUUACCAGUAGCGACAUCGCCAAUAGAAAAUCCACAAUCAAGAGAACUCACCGAUUACGAAAUUAAUGAGAGGGUGAAUCAAUUACUGUCUGGAGGCCAGAUGAGAAGAUUUAUGUAAUCUAUUAAUAUAAUGAAUUCUUUUAGGGAUCCAAACUAUAUUGAACGAUAUGAAGAUGUUAUUUUUGACCUAGAAACAGCACUAAAUACAACUAUCUCCAAUAAUCGUCACCAAAAGAAAGAUGGCUAUAGGUUUGUUGUUGAUAACAGUGGUGAGGUUACACCAUUUGACUGGUAUAAUGCUCGUAUCAGUCUCGAUUUCAAAGUAGUCUUGCUGGCUAAUGUAGGUAACAUUGCAGUAGCAGAUCAUAAUGGGAUUGUAAACGGGUCGUACUCAUUCUUGAAACAUUUUGAUAUUAAGCUCAAUGGCCAAAAAGUGUAUGAUUGUAAUGACGCGAAUCACGCGGUAAAUAUUAAGAACUUACUUGAGUACAGUCCCGCUUACGCCGAACAAACCGCCAGCAAUGAGUUUUUCUAUCUUGAUACAACAAGACACCCAGAGGAAACAAGAUUCACUAGAAGACGAGUAACUCAUAGAAGAAAUGCUGCCAAUAACGCCGAUGAUGUAGGAUUAAUGUUGGAUGAUGUAGUAGCUAAUUAUAAUAAAGGUUUUGCCCUUCGAAGAGCAAUCUUAGGUGUCUCAUCCACCGUAAACACUGAAAUACCACUGAACAGAUACUCAUUCUUUGAAAUGUUAGAGGAUGAGCUGUUACCUAAUACAAGAGUUGAGAUGAAUUUUGAGAUUGAGUCCGAUGGUAAUCUAAUUUGGCAAGCCGGGGCUAAUUGCAGAGUGGUUAUCACCAGGAUGCAGUUGUAUGUCCCGCGAAUAACCUUUAACAGUGAGGGCCAAUCAUCCUACAUGAGCCAAUACCUUAAAAAUCAUAAGUGGACUUAUUUGAGAGAAAAUAUAGAAAGAUCAAAUAGUAGCCAGCAGAGAGCUGGGCAUUUCAGAAUCUCUUCUGGUAUUUCGAAACCCCGACACGUGUUUGUGUUUAUAAUCAAUGAUGCGAAUAUCGAUGCCCAGACAGCUAAUCCAUUCUUGUACAAUACAUUCUCUGUGUCAACUUACCCAAGGACCUUAUCCAAUUGUCACCUGGAAGUUGGAAACGGAAAUGAAUACCCCGAAAUACAUUACACACCAAGUACUGACAUGACUAGAGUCGUUAGGGAUGUGUUGAAAUAUGUUCACAAAAAUAAUGAAUACGGUGAAGGGUCAUUACUCAAUAAAUCUAAUUUUAGUACGCUAUUCCCCUUCCUGUAUUUCGACUUAACUAAACAAAAAAUGGACAUUAAGGAUGGCACCACAAAACUGACAUUCAAAUAUGAGCUAUCUGGAACAACGGCAACAGCCUACUCAAUUUACGCAUUAACAUUGUACGAACAGGAUGUUGAGCUAAUACCGAAGGAUGGCAAAAUAAUACUUAGAUCGUAAAUUAUGUAACGUAUAUUAUAUAUAAGUAAUGACGAAAUAUUAUCCUUAUGGUGUGUCACUUAGUAAAGGACGAUUGGAAAAGCUUUCGAGAGCUUAUAAUAAUAACUCAGCAAUAACGAUCAGAUUAGCCAGAAAUGAGUUACCCGGACCACAUGAAUUAAUGCUCACAAAAUCUCAGAUCAAUAAAUUGAAAAAGGCAAUGAACCAGGGUACAGGGUCGGAUAUCAAAAUAUCAAAAACACAAAUCAGAAAGGCUGUUAGACAGGGUGGUAGUUUGUGGGGAUCGUUAAUCAGUUUAGGAAGUAAGUUACUACCUACGGCAAUGCCAUUAGCCAAAAAAGCUAUCGCACCGCUUGCAACAGGAGCGUUAUCAGGAUUAGCCAGUUUAGGUGUGGAUAAAAUAUUCGGGAAAGGGCAACGAGGAGGAUUCCUUAUUCCAAUGGACAAAAUAGCACAUUUGGUCGCAUAUAAACAUUUACUGAACACAGGUCAGAAAAGGGAUAUUCUCAAUGCUCUCCAAACUGGCAACGGAUUAGUUAUCAGACCGACAAAAACACAGCAGGGUGGGUUUUUAGGAACUCUGCUAGCGAGUAUAGGAGUCCCCCUGUUACUAAAUGCAUUGACGGGAAAAGGACUGCAGGCUGACAGAACCGGUUCCGCUAAUACAACAUCUGUUUAUGUUCCCGAUACAACUAAUGGCCAUGGAAUGUAUAAUCCGUAUCCCUACUGUCACCACCUUUCUUUGGAACAUGGGAAAACCCCACUGGUAUGGGAGUAAAAAAAAAAGAAAGGGAAAGGGACUGCUGCUCUGCAAAAACAGCCCAUUCAAUUCAAUCCCAAUUCUGGGAACAAUACUGUAAAAUUCAUAAAUAAACCAUUAUCGAAUAUUGAUUUGUUACAAUGGGUUACACAAUUAGGAAUAAAAUAUUUUAGGGGUAUUUACAGCCGCGAUAAUUUACCAGACAAAAUACACAAAUUGGAAACAGGAAUAAUUAAUCUUGAUGAUUCAAUGGGCGGUGGCAGUCAUUGGGGCUGUUAUAGAAAUGUGGAUAAACAAUAUUGUGAGUAUUUUGAUCCGUUCGGAUUAAUCAUGCCCAAUGAAAUCAAAAAUUACCUGAAAACAAGCGGUAAAAAAAUGGUGUACUCAUCAGAUGAAAUACAAGAAAGAGACAGUGUUUUGUGUGGUUAUUGGUGCUUAUAUUACCUCCUAGAGAGACGGAAAGGGAAAUCAUUAUUAGACGUUAUACACAACCCCAAAUUCCGUUUCACAGAUCAAAUGAUAAAUCACCAAUUUCUGAUAAACUAUUUUAUGUAACACUAUUAUAUAUGACUGAAAAAUUUUGUGUUUAUUUCCAAGAAGUUACUCCACAUUAUGUGGAUCAAUAUGGACGUUUCGAGUGCUGCAACUGUGAACCCCUGAGUGAGAGUGAUUAUGAGUCAGAUAGCAGCCAUGAAACUUAUGUUCCAGAUAGUAAUUAGACAAUAAUUAUAUAACAUAAAUAUAUAAUAAUGGUGAAAUCUUAUUGUGUUAAACAGAAGAAGCAAACAGAAUGUGUAGAACCUUCGGGUUAUAAAAUUGCCAAAAAUGGUAGACUUAUGUUUUGGUGCACUUGUGCUGAAUGCGGAAUAAAAAAGUAUAAGUUUGUCAAGAAGGGAAACUAGGUCAGCCUGUCCUAGGGGCAGGCGUAAUCGAUACAAUAGCUGGUACUGCUCUUGAUGGGUUUGUACAUCAUGCUUUACCUUAUAUGGCAAAAAAGACCGUUGAGAUGGGCAGAUAUUACGGAUCAGAAGCAUUACGCAAUAAAAAGUUACAGAAAAAAGCUUUAGAUUAUGCUCUAGAUAAAUUGAAUCCGAUGAUCCAGAAUGUCGGUUCUUAAGCUCUUAACCAAUUAUCAACCAAAAUACGACCAAAGAAAAACUACAAAACUAACAGGAAAGAUUUGGAUGGAGGUGCUAUAGAUAUCCACAAGGAGAUUGGUAAAUUACCAAAACCAGCAGGUGGAUGGACUUUACCAGGACAUCGGUAUAGAGGCCCUUACAACGAUCUCGAAAAUCAAGUCAGAUACAAUCCAGAAACUGGUGAAAUAUUAGAAAGUUAUGAUUCGCCAACUGGGCCAACCGAUGCAGUGGCAAUGCAACAUGAUGUUGAUUAUAGUGUUUGCGGU